UAUCUAUUUGACCAGUGUAAUUCAGUUUUAUUUGAGGCACUUAAAGCUGAGCAUUCGUUAAGACUUAAAGUUCGUUUUGUUUAGUGUUUGCAGAUCUAAAAUGCGCACUGCUUUUAUUAUUUUGACCACUGUGAACUAGCUCCUCGGAGAGCUAAAAGUGUAAGGUACGUGAAAGUAAAUGGAUUGGCUGCAGUUCACUCCAAUUCAAUCAGUGAACAGAGAAGGAAGACCGUAGAGGAUCUGCGCCUGUCCCGCGCCCGCGCUCCCGUGUGUGUGUGAAUGACGCGAUAGAGCGCACUGGACGUGAAUAUUCAGCAGUGCCUCACAGAGACCCAGGGAAACCCCGGUCAAACGGAGACAUGGAAGUUUGCAAAGGACGCAUGCUGGGCAUCACCGUCGCCGUUGCUCACGGAUUCUUUUCGGGGUCGCUAAAUAUUCUGCUAAAAUUCCUUAUCACGACCUACAGCUUCACGUAUCUGACUUUAAUUCAGUGUCUGACCAGCGGCACUGCGGCGCUCACGCUAGAGGUGCUGAGGAGACUAGGCAAGAUAGAUAUACCUCCGUUCAGUCUACAGUUGGUUAAAGUUUUUGCGAGCGUGUGUAUUUUGGCAACUUUGCAGUCCACGUUGACUCUGUGGUCUCUCAGGGGACUGAGUUUGCCCAUGUAUGUGGUGUUUAAGCGAUGCCUGCCCUUGGUGACGCUGGGGAUUGGAGUGUGUGUGUUGAAGAACGGGAUCCCGUCAGCUGGAGUCAUCACAGCGGUCCUCAUCACCACUGGAGGAGCAGCUCUGGCUGGUGCUGGAGAUCUUACAGGUGACCCUUUCGGCUACGUGACUGGCAUUUUAGCUGUGAUCGUCCACGCCUCCUACUUGGUGCUCAUCCAGAAAGUGAGUUCAGACAGUGAUUACGGGCCGCUCACGGCGCAGUACACCAUUGCAGUGGUGGCUACCCCUGUUCUCUUCAUCUGCUCCAUUGUAAGCAUGGAUGCUAUUGAUAUGUGGACAUACGAAGGCUGGAAGAACCCGUUCAUCACUGGUAUCUUCGUUACCUGCAUCCUCAUUGGCUGUGCGAUGAACUUCACCACGCUUCACUGUACUUAUAUAAACUCGGCCGUCACCACCAGUUUUGUUGGAGUGGUCAAAAGCAUAGCUACUAUCACUGUGGGCAUGCUGGCCUUCAGUGACGUGAUGCCCACCAAACUGUUUGUGGCAGGCGUGGUAGUCAACACCGUCGGCUCCGUCACCUACUGUGUGGUGAAGUAUUUCGAAACCAAAAAAAAGGUAGCCUACCAGGAUAUGGAUGAGUCCGCUAAGGAUGGAGAACUACCAGGAGAACCGUAUGUGGAGCCAGCCAAGCCUGAUGGAGAUACGAUGGAGAUUCCUUCAAAUAUCCCAGAAGAUGUUCCCAAUGGUGGCCUGUCAGAAUCAGCAGACCAGAAUCAUAUUCGUGAAAAUAAAGUAGCAGAGUCUAUAGAAUUAGAACGGCCCGCCGUCCCGUCAGAUGAUCCCACGAGACUGUCUCUGAGCGAUAGUUAUGUUGGGGUUUGGAGAUCCGUUCGCACCUUAAAGUUCCUCAAGAAAGACACUUUAAUCGACAACAUGGAGGUUCAAAGUCCUUGAUGAAAGGUUUAACGCUUGACAGACGUGCAUGUUAGGUAUUGUCCAAAACUGAUGGUGUGAACGAUGUUUGCCUUUUUCUCUCCUGAAAAUGAUCCUUUUAUGAAAAACAUUGCUUAUUUUUUAUAUGAAAAUAAUGGUGUUGUCUGUUUGUUCGUUGAGAGGGAGUGUGAUUAUAUGACACUGAGGAGUCUUAAAUAACAGAUGUGCCAAUUUAUUGACUUGAAAUAAAAGAGCUUUUUAUUUUAGGAUGACUUUAAA